AGAAAUUUUUAAUUCAAAACGUGCGGUAUUUACUUCAGAGAUUAGCGCAAGGCAAGCCCAGCGAAGGAAAAAGAAGAUGCUUCGAGGGGGUCGCUGUUUAUUAACCCUCACAUUGACGGUUGUGUGCAUACUCUUUGCCUGGGGCUCACCGUUGGAGUCCGAUGACUUUAGCUCACCGUUUGGCAAGCAAAUUUUGCGCUAUGCCAAAUCGGCCGAAAUCCAUAACAUGAUGGAUGAAUCUGUGGAACCAUGCGAAGAUUUCUAUGCCUUCGCCUGUGGCCAUUGGGAUCGUAUCAAUCCAGCCAAUUCCAUGGAGCGCAUGACCACGGGAUUCUUUGAGACCGUCCAAGAGGCCUUCAAUCGUAAAGUGGGCAUUGUCUUGGCCGAAGAUGACGAUGGCAAAGAUACGGCCAUUGACAAGAAGGUCAAGAACUUCUACGAGUCCUGCAUCAAUUUCUCGGCCAUAAAACAUUUCUACAAAUCCAAGCUGUUGGAGACCAUCGAAGAGUUUGGUCAAAUGCCCGCCAUAGAGGGCCCCCGAUGGAAGGCGAAUGAGUUCGAUUGGCUAGAGACGGUGGCCGAGAUGGCCAACAAAUAUGCCAUUACCAUUAUCAUUGGCUAUGACAUUAUGUCCGAUUUUGCCGAUAAUUCGGUGAAUCGUGUCUACAUAGGUCAUCCCGAUUUGCCUUUGGAGUCUCGCUCCAUGUAUCUGGAUGAGGGAAAUGCCGAGUAUCGUACCCAAUACCAGGAGAGCAUAGCCAAUAAUUUGAAGAACUUUUUGGGGCUAUCGAAAGACUUGGCCCAGCGCACAGCCCAGGAGAUACUGCAGUUUGAGGUGAGUUUGGCCAAGGGAAUAGUGGACGAUAAAGCCGGCCUGCAGCUGCAAGAGAUGGCCACACUCACCACCAUCGAUGACAUGCAGUCGAAAUAUGCCCCCGAGCUAAAUAUACAACGUUUUAUAAACAUUUCACUGGGCACUGUGCCCACCGAACCCGUUUACGAGAUGAUCGAAGACUAUCAGAGAAAUCUGGUCGAGCUGAUGCGAAAGACACCCAAGCGCACAGUGGCCAAUUAUAUUUUCUAUACUUUUGUGGAGAAUUUCUUUCUAAAGCUGCCCAAGAAGAAGUCAGAGUUGAAGAGCAAAUGCAUUGACAAUACCAAGAAAUAUUUUGCCAAGAAUCUGGACAACAUGGUCUAUCGCAAGUACAACACCAAUGACACUGAGAAGGGUGUGGAAUUUAUGUGGCGUGAAAUACAGUCCACCUUCGAGAGUGUCUUGGAGUCACCCAAACUGGAAUGGAUUGGCAAGACUUCACGCAGUUAUGCUGUGGAAAAAUUAUGGGCCAUGAAAUUGGAAGUGAACUCCUAUGAGAAGGAGGAUUUCAACAAGGAAUUUGAUGCCCUGAUAAUGGGCAAGCAUGACUAUGUGGUGAAUCUAAAGGCCAUAAUGAGACUGAAUGCCCAGAACUCACGCAAGAAGCUGAAUGAACCACCCGCCGCUUUGGAUGCCGGAGAGUUGCUGUCCUUUACCCCGGCCAACAUUAUUGUGGAGAAUAAAAUCAAGGUACCCGUCUCAAUGUUGCAACCCUACUAUGUUUGGUCCUCCACCUAUCCGAAUGCAGUGAAAUAUGGCACCCUAGGAGCUUUGAUUUCCCAUGAAUUGAUUCACGGCUUCGAUGACAUGGGCCGAAAUUUCGACAAAGAUGGCAACAAUCGUAAUUGGUGGGAUGAAAAAUCCUCGGCUGCCUUUGUCAAUCGCACCCGCUGCUUUGUGGAUCAGUACAAGAAGUACACCUACAAUGAUCAGUUAUUGCCCGAAAUGAAUUCGCAAUCUGAGAAUAUAGCCGACAAUGGGGGAGUCCGUUUGGCCUAUGAGGCCUAUUUGCGUUGGUAUGAGAGUGCCUUUCGGGCCAACGAAAAUAUGGAGGAUGAAAAACUACCACGCCUUGCUUACACCGGAAAACAGCUGUUCUUCAUUAGCUAUGCCCAAAUAUGGUGCAAUGACAUCCAUCCCGCCCUACGCAAUUUGCAAACCUCCACCGAUACCCAUGUGCCGGGGAAAUUCCGUGUCAUUGGACCUUUGUCAAAUUUCGAUGAAUUUGCCAAAGAGUUUAACUGUGCCAAGGGCACCAAAAUGAAUCCGGACCAGCAGUGUUCAAUAUAUUGAAAAAAUUUUACUUUAGCCGUAGAAAAGUAUAAAAAAAUUUUAAAAAAUGUAUUAAAAUUGUAAAUUGUAUUGAAAUUAAGAAAA